CAGGCCGAGGGUUGCAGAAAUGUUGAGAGAUAUCAGAAAAGCUUUCGAGCAAUCUGUUAUGAAGGAACAAAAGUGGAUGGAUGCUGCCACAAGGGUUGCUACUGCUGAUAAAUCGAGACGAAUGAAGGAACAUAUUGGAUUUCCUGAAUGGCUAUUGGAUGACCAGAAAUUGGAACAGUAUUAUAGAGGGGUUUUGAUAAGUGAAUCCACACACAUGGAAAAUAUGUUAUCGGUGCUAAAUUGGCGUAUGAGAUUGCAAUUGGAGUCCUUGCAUUCUGCUGAGGAUGGCAUGCAUAAUUGGGCUACGGAUCCAAUAAGUGUCAAUGCUUUUCAUACUUUUCAAACAAACGCUAUAACUGUUCCAAUAGCAAUAUUACAAUAUCCAUUUUAUCAUCUUGGUCUUGAGGCUCUGAACUAUGGUUCUUUAGGAUCAAUUCUUGGACACGAGUUGACACAUGGAUUUGAUGAUAGUGGCAGACAAUACGAUAAAGAAGGAAAUUUGCGCCAAUGGUGGUCUGAAGAUACAGUAGAAAAAUACAUUGAAAAAACCAAAUGUUUUAUUGACCAAUAUAGCAAGUUUUAUAUGCCGGACAUUGGAGAAUAUAUAAAUGGUGAAUUAACUUUGGGUGAAAAUAUUGCUGAUAAUGGAGGUCUUAGAGAAGCAUUUGCUGCUUAUCAAAUAUAUAUCAAGGAAAAUGGAAGAGAAUCGUAUUUGCCAGGAUUUGAAGACUUUACACACGAACAAUUGUUUUUUCUAUCUUAUGGAAACCUUUGGUGUGAAACUUCAACACCAGAAUCUUCCCGAUGGGCCUUAGAAGACGAACACUGUCCAGGAAAAUAUCGCCUUAGAGGUGUUCUAACAAAUUCCAAAGAAUUUUCCAAAGCUUGGAAGUGCAAAUUAGGCAGUGGAAUGAAUCCUAAUAACGAUAAGUGUACUAUAUGGUGAAUGCCCUAAAUAGAAUAAUAAUUUUCAGUCAAAAAUAUUGACUUGUUACAACUAAUAAA